AUGGCCACCGACAGCCUCCCAUCAUCCAUGGUAUCCAGCCAAUCCUCCAAAUCGCUCCAGGGCCGCACCGCCCUCAUCACCGGCGCAUCCUCCGGUCUCGGCCGCGCCAUCGCCCUCGCCUACGCCGAACAAGGUGCCCAGAUCGUGUGCGCCGACAUCAACCCCAACCCACCACCGAACACGCCCAUCCUGUCCAAAACCCUCGCAGCAACCGACCUGCAAACCCCGACCGUAGACCUAGUAAACCAACUCCACCCUCUUGAAUCCAACGGCGGCCAAAACGGCAGCGAGAGAGCAGUCUACGUGCACUGCGACACCACCCGUGCCGCGCACAACGAAGCGGCGGUGCGAAAAUGCGUCGAUGUUUUUGGGCGGCUGGAUAUCAUGGUGUGCAAUGCAGGAAUUGCCGUGGAGGCGCAACCGGAUAGAAUUCUACGCCUUCACGAGCAGCCAGAGGAGUGGUUCGAUCGCACGUUCGAGGUCAACGCCAAGGGAGUUUGGCUGGGCUGUAAAUCCGCCGUCACGCAGAUGUUGGCGCAGGACCCGCUGGGUGGAAGCGAGGGAGACAGAGGCUGGAUCAUCAACAUGUGUAGUGUACUCGGGUUGGUGGGCAUGGCCGGCACGAGCUGUUACAGCGGGAGCAAAGGAGCGGUGUUGCAGAUGGUACCAUUCAUCCCCCCUUUUCCCAUUCCUUUUCCUUCUUUUUCCCGAAGAGUCAAGCGGGGAUUGGAGCUGAUGACAAGGCGAUGGAUGUUCCAGACCAAAAGCAUCGCGCUCGAAUACGCCAAAGACCGCAUCCACGUCAACUGCAUCAGCCCCGGCUUCGCCGAGACUGCGAUGCUGGAGCCCAUGAAGAGGCGCGACGGAGACCAAGAGGGCGCCAAGACCACCGCGAUGCUGGCCGCGAUUCAUCCCUGGGGCCAGCUGGGGCGUCCGGAGGAUAUUGCCCGCGCGGCCGUCUUCCUGGCCGGCGACGGCGCCAGUUGGGUUACCGGUCACUGCUUGGCUGUCGAUGGCGGGUAUACCGCUCAAUAG